AUGAAAGCCUUUGCUGUUCUGUCUGCUCUGGGUGUCCUGACGGGCCAGGCCGCCGCUACCAUUUACUAUGCUGGCGUCGCCGAGUCUGGCGGCGAGUUUGGUGUCUGGAGCGCGACGUCGACGCCUGGCGCUGGUCUGCCGGGUCGCUUUGGUGUCGACUACCAGUUCAUCAGCAAAUCGGCCGUCGACACGCACGUCGACCAGAACAAGGUCAAUCUGUUCCGCGUGGCAUUUUUGCUCGAGCGAAUGUGUCCGCUGGCCACGGGUCUCGGCGCCGUUUUCAACGAGACGCACUUCUCGCUCUACAAGGAGGCCAUUGACUACAUCACGGUGACCAAAAAGGCGUACGCCAUCCUGGACCCUCACAACUACAUGCGCUACAACGACCCGUCGCAGCAGCCCAUGUCCGGCAGCGUCAUCGGAAACAGCUCCGACCCGAUGGCCGCCACGACUGCCCAGUUUGGCGCUUUCUGGGGCGAGCUCGCCGGCCGUUUCAAAAACAACUCGCGCGUCAUGUUCGGCCUCAUGAAUGAGCCGCACGACAUGCCCUCGGAGCUCGUGCUCGCCAACAACCAGGCGGCCGUCACCGCGAUUCGCGCCAGUGGCGCCACGUCCAACCUGAUCCUGGCUCCCGGCAACUCCUGGACCGGCGGCCACUCCUGGGCCCAGCGCGGCGCCGAGGCCUCGUCCCAGUGGCUCAACAAGCUCCAGGACCCCAACAACAACACCGCCAUCGACAUCCACGAGUACCUGGACGUCGAUUACAGCGGCACCCACGCUGCCUGCACUGCCGACGCAGCCACCAACCUGGCCCAGGCCACCGCCUGGCUGCGCGAGAACAACCUCAAGGCAUUCAUCACCGAGUUUGGCGCGUCCGACGCCACCGGCUGCGCCGACAUGCUCGGCGCCAUGCUCGACUACAUGGCCGCCAACGACGAGUACAUUGGCUGGACCGCCUGGGCUGCCGGGCCGAUCUGGGGCACGGCGAGCCCCUGCUGCACCGACUCCAAGGCCUUUGGCAGCCUCGAGCCCGGCAGCAAGGCGUCCGACGGAGGACCGAGCCUCUACGAUACGGUGUGGACGCCUGUGAUCCAGCCCAGGGUACCGGCCAAGCUGCAGUGGACAGGCGGCGCCAGCGUCCAUGGCGGGGACCUGACAGCCAGGGUGUAA